CUUGUAUUAUAUAAGGCUGCGCUUCGGAAAGAGACCAGUGGACACUUGCGUUGCCAGUCUGCAAAAGCCAGUGGCAUCACAACUUUGAUUUUCAAGAUCCCAAGAUACUCUAGUCCAUGCCAUGCUAGAUCGCCCACUGGAGUGAAAUCAACUGUCUUGUUGUUUAUAUGACAGCGACUCGUGAAGCUGGUGAUUCAGAAUCAUGUCGAACCAUUCCGGAGAGUUCAGACGCCUUGAAAACAAUGCCAUCAUUUCUAAAGAAUUGAAGCUCUCAGAUGGGAUAGUUUUCGAUGUUAGCGACAACCCUGCUUUUGCUCCUCAGGGUUGCUAUCAUAAAUAUGCUGGAAAGGAUUCAUCCCGCGCACUUGCUCUAUCUUCAAACCAUAUUGAAGACUUGAGAUCAGACUAUAUCGAUCUGGUGAUUUGGAGAGGACCAUACUCGAUGAAUGGUUUGAUCAUUAUUCGAGAAGAUACAAAGUUGUGGGAAAGGUGUUAGACUCGUGGUGUACUGAAGGGGACAAGUUCGUUGUAAAUUCGUGAAGUCUGACGAAAGCUGCGGUGUUUUUUGGGUUU